AUGGAUUUCGGGUCUUUGGAGACCGUGGUGGCCAACUCUGCCUUCAUCGCCGCCCGAGGCAGCUUGGACGGCAGCAGCUCCCAACCCUCCCGGGACAGGAAGUACCUGGCCAAGCUCAAGCUGCCCCCGCUGUCCAAGUGUGAGUCCCUCCGUGACAGCCUCAGCCUGGAGUUUGAGAGCGUGUGCUUGGAGCAGCCCAUCGGCAAGAAGCUCUUUCAGCAGUUCCUGCAAUCGGCAGAGAAGCAUGUGCCAGCCCUGGAGCUCUGGAAAGACAUCGAGGACUAUGACACGGCAGAUAAUGACCUCCAGCCACAGAAGGCCCAGACCAUCCUGGCCCAGUACCUGAACCCCCAGGCCAAACGCUUCUGCAGCUUCCUGGAUGAGGGGACGGUGGCGAAGUUCAAGGAGGGGCCCGUGGAGAUCCAGGACGGGCUCUUCCAGCCCCUGCUGCAGGCCACCCUGGCACACCUGGGCCAAGUCCCCUUCCAGGAGUACCUGGGCAGCCUGUACUUCCUGAGGUUCCUGCAGUGGAAGUGGCUGGAAGCCCAGCCCAUGGGGGAGGACUGGUUCCUGGACUUCAGGGUCCUGGGGAAAGGGGGCUUCGGGGAGGUGUCGGCCUGCCAGAUGAAGGCGACCGGCAAGCUGUAUGCCUGCAAGAAGCUGAACAAGAAGCGGCUGAAGAAGAGGAAGGGCUACCAGGGUGCUAUGGUGGAGAAGAAGAUUCUGAUGAAAGUGCACAGCAGGUUCAUCGUGUCUCUGGCUUACGCGUUUGAAACCAAAGCCGACCUCUGUCUGGUGAUGACCAUCAUGAACGGAGGCGACAUCAGGUACCACAUCUACAACGUGAAUGAGGAGAACCCUGGCUUCCCGGAGCCGCGCGCCGUCUUCUACACGGCGCAGAUCAUCUGCGGCCUGGAGCACCUGCACCAGCGGCGGAUCGUCUACCGUGACCUCAAGCCUGAGAACGUGCUGCUGGACAAUGAUGGCAAUGUCCGGAUCUCUGACCUUGGGCUGGCGGUGGAGCUGCUGGACGGACAGAGCAAGACCAAGGGCUACGCAGGGACCCCAGGUUUCAUGGCCCCUGAGCUCCUGCAGGGCGAGGAGUACGACUUCUCCGUGGACUACUUUGCCCUGGGGGUCACCCUGUAUGAGAUGAUUGCGGCCAGAGGACCCUUCCGAGCCCGUGGAGAGAAGGUGGAGAACAAGGAGCUGAAGCACCGGAUCAUCUCAGAGCCUGUAAAGUACCCUGAUAAGUUCAGCCAGGCCAGCAAGGACUUCUGCGAGGCGCUGCUGGAGAAGGACCCGGAGAAGCGCCUGGGGUUCAGAGACGAGACCUGCGACAAGCUCCGCGCCCACCCCCUCUUCAAGGACCUUAACUGGAGGCAGCUGGAGGCCGGGAUGCUGAUGCCCCCUUUCAUCCCAGACUCCAAAACUGUCUACGCAAAGGAUAUUCAGGACGUGGGUGCCUUUUCCACCGUCAAAGGUGUGGCCUUUGACAAAACAGACACAGAAUUCUUUCAGGAAUUUGCCACUGGCAACUGCCCCAUCCCCUGGCAGGAGGAGAUGAUCGAGAUGGGCAUCUUCGGCGAGCUGAACGUGUGGCGCUCGGAUGGGCAGAUGCCGGAUGACAUGAAGGGCAUCUCCGGGGGCUCUGGCUCCUCGUCCAAGUCAGGGAUGUGUCUGGUUUCCUAGGUGACGCCCCAGAGUCCACGUGGAGGAAAAGGACCCACAGGGCUCGGUGGGGGCCGCCUGCCUCUGUGGUGCCAGCCUGGGGUCUGCCAGCAAGGGGACACGUGGUUCCCUCCACCCAGGUCCCCAUCAUGCCAUCUCCUUGCAGCCCAAGGAGGAGAAAGCCCACAUCGGCCUGAGCCGCCAGACGCACACCCUGGUGCCGUGAGCCCCCGACUGCAUAUUUCACGUUUUUUGCUCCAUCUCACUGAGAAGACAUAAGAUGCUCUCCAGAGGGAGUAAGCCAAAAAUCUACAAACUCUUAGGGAGCCUCCAGCACUGGUGAGCGACCAACCGUGUGGUCAGGGGCAGAUAUUUGGCUUGGGUCUCCCAAGACCUUAGCCAUUGGCUUCCCAGAGCCACAUUCCUCAGCGGGAGGUGCACUGUGGCCAGGUCAGGGGUUGGUGAAC